UGGAGUGGAUUUGUGUAUUCUAAUUUAGAUGACUGAUUUAUGUGGCGUGUUAGUGGUUCUGUUCUUCCCACCACACAUUAAUGUAGCAGGAGAUGGCAGUGUCCUCUGUGCCCUCACACCAUGCUGUCCUCAUUUCCUGAGAGGGCUGGGUGCUCUGUUUAUGGUCAGCAGAGACCUGUUUGUGGUCUGAGACCUCUCAGAGCCUAAACUGUAGAGAAGCUGUUUUGAAGCCUGUUACGAAGGUGCCAGAAUUGAUCUAGGGAGCCUGAGCCAAUCUACAGCUUGAGAAAGGUUUGCACUGUCAAAUGACACAGUGGGCUUGUGGUGCUCACUGCCUGCUGGACAGGCAGCCAGCCCUCAUGGAGUGAUUGGAGCAGUCCAGCAGUCCUCAUUAGAGGCUCUGAGGGUUGGGAAUGGGCUGUAGUGUUUUGAUCUGGGUGGAAGACAAGGUGUAUUGGCAUCACACUUUGCAUGGUGUCAGCAGAAGAGGGAUCUAGAACUUGAUUCAAGCUUUGCAUUGCCCAAAAAAGUUGUCUCUGAUCCAGAGUACAUCUUUUAAGAUAAAUGGAUUGGACCAGACUUCUUAAAUAGUUCUAGCUUUUAGUAAAUACCUUUUGAGCUCUCCCAGUGCCUACUGCGAGCAGACCCUAGAUUUUAGGAAAUGCUUUGAAAAUCAAAUGUAUCUUCAUCCCCUUUAUGUUGCAGGUGAUUGAACCUCAUAAUUCAGUGAGCUGAGGUGAUCUCAAGAGAGGAGUGUUUUAGGACAGAGCUGAGUUGUUGAGAGAGAGCUGCACUUUGAUCCUAAGAGCUUUGCAAGGCUGAAUUUUAAAGAUCCCAGAAGAUGGUGUCUGCUUGCAUCCUGGUGCCAAGGCACCGACUGCAGUGGAUGUCACUGGUGUAGUUGUCUCACAAAGAGAAGAUUGGCCUGCCAGCCUGGGAUUGCUGCUGCUCCCCAGGUCAGUGAGACGGAAGGAGUGUGGGAGGUCUCCAGAUUCACUGAGACUUUGUGUUCAAUUUCCAAAAGCUGCCAGCAGUACUGCUCUGAGCUCUGCAAGUCCUGGGACCUGGGGACUUGGCCUUAGAAUUUAAAAGCUUUAGGGUGGCUGUACCAUGAACUCACCUUUCCACUCACCUUCCCCAUCCUUCUCUCCCUGUGCAGUCGGACACAGCCUGUGUGUUUUCACUUUAUAUCACAGAAGUGUGGAGCCAGUAGUUGACAAAACCCUUUUUUGGAGGAGAGGAUUAUUCUUGGGUAUGUCCUGAAGCAGAAGUUCGAGAAUAAUAUCCUGGGGAAAUAAUAGAUAGAUCAAACUGAGUCCUGCUGACUUCAGAGUUGGGCCUGUGGAAGGUCUGAGGUUCACCUUGGCUGGGGGAUGCCUCAGCCAGUUUGGUCAGUGCUGCACAGAGCUGCUGGCCCAGCCCCAUCCCAGCUCUGUGACUCUGUGGUGCACCUGUGCCAACAGGUAACCCCACCAGGUAACCAAUCUGUGCCUCCUUACCUUUGUAGGCUGUUCUGCUUCCUGGCCUUGCCAUCUCCUGGCAGGUACAUUGCUGACAAAGCGGUGGGGGUCAGGUCUCAGCCUGCUUUACUGACAGGGUUACAUAAUGGAUUGCAGGACCAAACCCAUUCCACAAAACAUCAGGAUUAAAUAUCAAAAUCCUUGGCGUUGCCUGUGUGCUUAAAAGUGCCGAGGAGAAGGGCUUUAUCAAGAGGGAGGAUCAGCUGAAGCUGGGAAUUGUCUCUCGGGCUCCUGGGCAUCUGUGCUCCCCUGCCUUUGGCUCUGCUUCCAUGAGGCACUUCCAGCCCUAUUGCUAGACCAGAAAACUGGGGAUGGAAAGGGAGCCCAGUGAACUGGGAGAACAAGGAAGAGGAGAGGAGCAGAUGCUGGAGCAGAUUUUUUUGCAGGUCGCUCAUGGAAGCAGUUCUCCAAUUAGGGCAGUGGGUGGGGAGGGUAUCCUUAGACCCCCCGCUUAUCCCUGUGCCUGCUGCAGCACUUGGCUCAGCCAGGCCAGGGGCCAGACAACCCCCUCCCUCUCAUCACUUAGCCCAUUUGUGAGCCUGUAAUGUGCUGACCAUAAUAAAGGGGAGUUCCCACAAUGAGGGAAGGUUUCCAUCAUUACCUGUAGCCACUAACGGGAGGAUCUUGUGCUUGUCAGUACUGGAAUCACUCUUUUGCCUCAUGAGCUGUUGAUAGCAGUACCUGAGGAGGUCAGUAAUCCUUCAGGAAGUGAGUGAUACAUCCUGGCCUUUGAUUUAGCCUGCUCAAAUAGGCCUAGUUCUUGAAUUUAAUGGACUUUAGCAAAAAUGUUACUGUGUUAAUUUAAAAUACUAAUACAAUGAGUUAUUUAUUAUGGCAAGUAAUUCCACAGAAGGGUACAGAAUGAGAAAAUAAUUUCUAAAAUAUCCUAGUAAGGAUCUACUACUACAUGAUCUACUCUCAUAUGAUUCCACAAAAGCUUUCAUGACUAACCUCAGGCAUUUUCCCAGCCAAAAGCAAACAUCUUUCACAUUAUUUCAGCAUAACAGGGAAUUAGUGGUUCAGUGAUGGUCUGGAAGGAAGGUUAGGAAGCAAGUUGUAUUCACUGUUUGUUGCUUUUUUCUUCUCUCUCAGUCUCAUAGUUUAAAAAGCAGAAAGGUAGCUGUAAACUAUCUGUAGCCUGCAAAGUGCAGCUGGCAGUGAGGCAUAAUCCCCCUGCGCUUACCUGUGCUUCACAGGCUCACAACAGUUGUUGAAGAAGACUUUAUUUAAAGGAAAAUAAGUAGAAAACUAAGUAAAUGUACAGGAGGGAGUAAUUCAACCAAUCCAUUGGAUGAAAGUCAGGGUAGGGCAAGAGGAGUCAUGGGAAUGUUGAAAUCUGUCAGAAAUGUGAUGACUUAACAAGCAAUAACUAUGUACCAUCACUGGGCCCCUCCUACACUCACUUAGGAGUGUUUCUACAUUUCUCAUGCAACCUGCCUCUGUGACAAAUCUACACACACACUGCACCCAAUUAGUGUCAGACAUAAGAGCUGUUCUGCCUCUGUCUCACCUCUUUAAACCCCUCCUGGAAGCAAUUUUCCCAGCAUACAAAGAAUAAAUUACCUUUCUAAAUCUCUCAGAGGACAGUUCCCAAAUAAGGGCCAAGUAAAUACAUGUACCAUAUAGUAAAGUAUUCUAAUGCAUUAGAUAAUCUUCCCAGCAGUAGAUGCAGGGUAUUAGCUGCUUUAAGUGUUCAGUGUUACAGGUGAUUAAAAAUGUCAGGGGAGGUGAGACAAGGCACUUGAAUAGGCACCUGUAGAAAAGUAGUGGAAUAUCUUGCUUAAACAAACACAAACCCCAAUCCUUUCCCCCUCUCAAAGAAUACCAGAAAACCACAGUAAACAGCCAAACAAACUGGAAAAGAAAAAUAAAUGCAUACUAUAGGAAGUAAAACUUAAUUUACCUGUGUCUCAGUCUCUCCAGAAGCAUCAGGAGAUGAAGAAGUGAGGAGAGCAAAGGGAAGGAGUGCAAUCCUUCCUGGGGUACCUACUGCACUGGGGUCAAACCAUUAGCUGAAUUUGACAAAUUACUUAAGUGACCACACCUUGUGUAAUCAAUAGCAGAGUGUCCCAAGGAGUCUGCUUUGACACUGGCUACCACUCUUCAGUGACCAAACAUCUGCCACCUUCAGCUGUGGUACACUGGGGGGAUCUGUCCCCUGCUGUCCUACUCUGGUUUCCUUGUGGAGAAGGCUGGCUGGCUCCCAAAGCAUCAGCUGCCACUGAGGGAGCAGCAAGCAGCCAUGGGGUGGCUCCAGAUAACUUAUGCUGAAGGGAUGAGUGUCAGAGGCGGGGAGAAGGGCUGGAGGGGAUCACCAGUGGCCUUACAGCAGGUACAGGAUGAGCAGAGCCAGAGGCUUUGUGUUGUCAGCAGCCUCUGUGGCUGCUGGGGAUAAGUGGGAUGGAGAGCAUAUUUGCCUUUACUGUCACUGGCCCAGCUGCACAGGCAUUCCACCUGUGCCUCCCUGGGAUGCCCUGAGCCUUGUGCCCGGGCUUCCAAACCCUCAUCAUGGUGUCCUUGCUUAGCUUUACCAGAGCCCAAGCCCUCUCCCCACAGGAUGAGUUCUAUGUCCCCUGAUGUGCCAGGGAGGCCAAACAAGUGGGCCUGAGUCUCCAGCCUGAGCCGGGGCUGUGCUGGAGCAGCCACGGGCAGGAGUGAGGGGUCCUGGCUGCUGAGGGCCAUUAGUGCCUGAGGCGGGCUGGGAGCUGCACGGCUCCUCUCUCUGUGCCGGCAGGAUUGGUGCUUACCCACCUUCCCCGGAGCUCAGGCGCAGGGCACACGCUGCAGUGUGAGCUCUGCAGCCAGGGAGCCCCGGAGCCGCUCGCCCUGUGAGUCAGGGGAGGCCACGUGAGGGCCCGGCCCCGACGCCUUCCCACCGCCAGCGGCACACGGCAGCGCCGGGAUCCGGCCCGGGAGCCAGAGCCGCGCACAGCCCGGGAGAGUGUUGCAUCGACCACAGAGAGGCACACGGCGUGAAAGGAAACACAAACCAGGAGGAAACUCAGCUUUCACCUCGACCACAGCCUGCCAGGACAUCUUCCCGUAGAACCAACUGAUAGGACCAACCUAAGACUUGCAGACAGGCACAGCAAUGGAGAAUUUGGAUGUCCCAAUCCCAGAUCUUACUGAAGAACAGCAAGACAUUUUUCAGAGAGUAUUUGCUGCUGAUGCCAAGUACUUGGAGAAUCAUGAGAAAAUGAACGAGUCCUUCUGGGAAUCACUUGUAAAAUGCUUGGCCACUACUGACCCACCUAUCCUGAAUACUGAAGAAAAGAACAAUCUCCUUAACAGCUGUGAUGUCCUCCCUGGAGGCUGUGCUGCCUGCCUGAAAGCUGUAGAGAAGAAAGGAGUCAGGGCAAUGGCUCUCCUUUACCUUUUGCUGAAGACUUCCAACCCAUCUGGGUACAGGCAGCUGCCCAGCUCCAAGGGAAAGGAUGAAAAAUUGAAACUCCUGAAGAGAUUGGAAAGGAAUUUUCUCUAUUCGGAAGAGGACAAAAAGUCUGAAAACUCAUCCCAUGAGUCCAUGGAUGAAGAUACACAAGACAGUGAUGAGGAAGAUUUAGGAAGACAGAAGACUGAAGGCCAGUUACUUGGAGGAAUACCAGCAGAGGUGGUUCCCUACAGAGGUUCAGAGAUUGCCAGAAGAGAAAAUUCAGAUGCAGAUGCAUAUGAGAAGGAGAGCACUCACUCCCCUCAGUGGACAGUACGGUGGAUGGGCAUCCGGAAGGAUGAUGAAUUCUUUCAUUUUGUCAUUCUUUGCUUUGCAAUUGGAGCUUUACUAGUUUGCUACUACUACCACAAAGAUUGGACUAUUUCUCUUGGGAUUGGUUUAAUCACGUUUGCUUCCCUGGAAACCACUGGGAUAUACUUUGGUCUAGUGUACCGAAUUCGGAGUGUCAUUGACAGCUUUGUUCCCCUGAUUGACAGAUUCAGGCCAAGAGGCAUGAGGAAAGCUGCUUAGGAGGAGUAUUUCAGGAGAAUUCCCCAAACCUGGCUGUCCAAGUUUCCAGUACUAAAGGAACUGCUUUAUGAGGUGAAUCUAAGAACCAAAUGGCCAAUGUGAAAUACUGAAAUGUGAAACCUCUGAAAAACAUCACUCCUUUCCCUCCAAAAUAAACCUGAAACUGGAAUACAGGGCCCCACUCUGGAUUCUGAAGUGGUUUGGGGCUCGUGCUGCAUCUCUCAUUCCUAAUAAAUCACACCAGUCUGCCUGUGGUGUACCAAAAUCAACAGACCAAUUCCUGUGCUGGUUCUGGCUUAGGCUCUGGCUGUUUCUGUAGGAAUUUUGGCCUCCUCCUCCUUCUCCCCCCGGUGCUGCCCAGAGCAGGCAGAGGUCAGCACUGCUCUCCCGGCUGAGCCCCGGCAGUGCUGGCACUGGGGCUGAUGAAUUGAUUGUGGCAGAACUCAGAGCAGGGGGCGGGCAGUGGUUUCACCCGAGGAGAGCUGGGGAGAUGUUACAGGCCCUGACAGAGUGCUGCAGUAAUGAGAUUAUUAACAACAGCAGAUUUCAUCUUUUCUCAGGGGAAAAACAAAGUGCUUGAUUUGACUCAUCUCCGAACCUUUUUCUUUCUUUGAGUAAAAUCACCAUGGAACUUUGACAUUUCCUUUCAUUUUAUAGGAUGUGUUACACAUUGCAAGAAUGUAGGACUACUGCAAUCGUAGGAAGACUGCAAGAAAAGGGGGUAUCUUUAAAUUUUUAGUAAAUAUGUAAGGUCUUCAUACCCACAGAAUGAUGAAGGCAACCAGUUGAACAGAAAAAGCCUUAACCAUGGACUUUUAAGGAAAUGUAAAUCUGAAAGCCGUAAACCCAAACAGCUCAGAGUUUGACAGAAACCAUUUCAAGCCUUGCUUAGAAAAAUAGAAAGGUUACUUUUUGUUGUAUGUUAUUUGAAGCACCAGUGUCAGUCACUCUUGCCUGCAGUUCCAGCUGCACUGCCAGAAACACCAACACACUCAGGCCUGCACCAACAUAGCACAUCUGUCACCCAAUGCCUCAAGGGCUAAAACUGUGCAAGAAGGAUGAAUACAAGUUAUUUCAUAGUAUUUAUAUUCUCAUUUACAUGUCUUUGUAGAAAGAUUCCACCCUCCCAAACUACUGUAC